AUGAGUUAUAGUAAGGAUGACAAGGAGCAACGAUUGACUCUGGAAGUAGAUGGGGAAAAGUCGCUUUUGCAAUAUUGUGAAGGCGGUUCUGGGGAGAGUCUGAAGGCUGGAGUAAGUCAAGAGAUGGAUAGGCGGAAGAACGACAUGAAGAAGCGCUAUAAGCCGGUGACGUGGUAA